AUGAUGCGAAACAUAGUUUGUUUUGCAGUAGUGCUGGUUGUAGCAGAUCUGUACCUUACAUCUGGCAGAUUUGUUAAUUACGUCCCAAAUGAUCGACUUGAGGAUGCCAAAGAUAAAGUGUCUGUUGGAGAUGAACUGACUGCUCUGGAAGACGAGAGUCUUGAUUCUGGGGUCACAAAGAACAGCAGAAAUCUUCUGAAUCAUCUAAUUCCGACAAGGGAGAAAAGAAAAGCCGUAAAAGAUUCCUCCAGGCGCUGGACAAAUAAUGAGAUUCCAUUUGAAAUUGAUUAUUUCCAGUUCAAUAAGGAUGAAGUGCAAAUAAUUUACGACGCAAUGUAUAUAUGGCAGCAUCAUACAUGUCUUAGGUUUAGGCCUCGCGAAACGCACGACAGAAAUUUUGUCAAAUUCAUGAAAGGCGAAUUUUGUUAUUCUACUACCCAUGGAAUGAACGGUGGACAGCAGAAUAUCUCACUUCCUCAAGUUUGUUUCAAUCGACAAUCAACUCUCCAUGAAAUUGGACAUGCAAUUGGAUUCUAUCAUGAACACAAGCGCCCUGACCGAGAUCAGUAUAUCACAGUACAUGAAGAGAAUAUAGAAGACAAAUUUAAGUACGCUUUUGAAAAAUCGAAUGAGAUUGAAACGUAUGGCUUGCCAUAUGAUUAUACAAGUAUCAUGCAUUAUCCAUGGAACGCAUUUUCAAAGAACAAUGAAAUUACCAUUCAGACAAAGGAUCCAUCUUUCCAAAACAUUAUUGGCCAGACCCAAGACCUGAGUUAUUAUGAUAUUCAGCUUGCCAACCUGAUGUACAACUGUAGGUAG